UCGGUACCAAUGGUGUUCGAUCGAUAACAAUUUAAUACAGUACCAGUAUGAUAGCAGCAGUAAAAUAAAUACUCUUCCCUGGAUAAAAAAAUUACUAUAAAAUUUAAACUCGUUGCAACCCCAUAUUGAAAUAUCAAGGUGUUACCUAUUUCCCUUUUUAAACAAGAGAAAGAAAUUUGUUUGAUAUAGUCACCAAACCAAACACUAUACCAAAUGGUCAACCAGCAGUUCACCUAGUAAAACAACACAUACAUACACACACCCACUAUGUGUAUUUUCCAAAUUUCCACCCUACUCCCACCAAAUUUCAUUUAUUCCACCCCAAAAUAGUCAACCACACUUUUGCAUGGAAAUACACACAACAUAAGUUGGUUGUGUUAGCUCAUCUCCUCUUUCUUUUCUCUUGCAUCUAACACAAAUCAAAAUAACACUUAUUUACAGCAUUCUAUCUUUCAAACACAUACACAAAUGGAGCUGCCGGUAACGUCUCCAGUGGCCGGCGGUGGCCGGAAAACUUCAUACAAGAUUGAAACCAAGAAUCUAGCAUACAAAACUUCCAACCAUUAUGGUGACUUUAAAGGGGGUAUGCUUCAAAGUUACUUCAAGAAACCUCCAAAGUUUAUCUUGAAUGAUGUGAGCUGUGAAGCUCAUCCCGGCUAUCUGACAGCGAUUGCCGGCCCUAGUGGGGCCGGAAAGACAACCCUGUUGGAUAUUCUUGCCGGGAAUAUCUCUUCCAGCAAAGUCUCCGGACACGUUUUGAUCAAUAACCAUCCUAUUGAUACAAAACGGUUCCGGAGACUCGCUGGAUAUGUAACUCAAGAUGAUGCUUUAUUCCCAUCUUUAACGGUUGAAGAAACACUCAUGUAUAGCGCGUUUUUGAGGUUAAGAUGCAGUCGAAAAGAAGCGGUUGAUCGCGUCAAGAUUUUGGUGAAUGAGCUCGGUUUGGAGAGCGUUUCGAGCUCGAGAAUUGGUGAGGGUUCGAACCAUGGGAUCUCGGGUGGUGAACGAAGACGGGUUUCGAUUGGAGUUGAGCUAGUUCAUGAUCCUUCUGUGAUUCUAAUAGAUGAACCUACUUCCGGGCUAGAUUCGAAUUCAGCUUUCGGUGUUGUAUCGCUUCUUAAAUCAAUGGCAACCAGUCGAGGUAAAACGAUCGUGUUAACCAUCCACCAACCCGGUUUUCGCAUCUUGGAGCUUAUCGAUCGACUUGUUUUACUCUCGAAUGGAUUCGUUCUCCAUAACGGAUCGUUAAAAUCGCUAGAACAUAGACUCAAAGUGUCCGGUCACUGCAUCCCGCCUCGUGUCAAUGUUCUCGAAUUCGCCAUUGAUGUCGCCACUGUCUUGACCAUACAAAUCCCGAAACCAUCAGCAGAACCAAUCGAGAUACACGAGGAACACGAAAAAGACAGUGAAAUCCCAUACCCAAAUACCCGUUUCGAAGAAGUAACCAUUCUUAGCAAAAGAUUUUUCAAAAACAUAUUCAGAACCAAACAACUAUUCAUCACAAGGAUCAUCCAAGCCACACUUUCAAGCUUAAUCCUCGGAACCAUCUUCGUAAACAUGUCGAAUAACAAAGGGAAUCUCGCAUUGCAAGCGCGCUUAGGGUUCUUCGCAUUCAGUCUCACUUUCUUACUCUCAUCAUCUACAGAAGGAUUACCAAUCUUCUUACAAGAAAGAAGAAUCCUAAUGAGAGAAACAUCAAGAGGAGCGUAUCGAGUUUCGUCAUAUGUAAUCUCAAACACCCUCAUCUUCCUUCCAUUCCUUCUAAUGAUCGGUCUACUUUACACGAUCCCGGUCUACUGGCUCGUGGGAUUACAGGCCGAAUUCGCCAGCUUCUUCUACUUUGGAUUAGUGGUAUGGAUGGUGAUCUUGAUGUCAAACUCAUUCACAGCUUGUUUCAGUGCACUAGUGCCAAAUUUCAUCUUGGGGACGUCUGUGAUCUCUGGGUUGAUGGGUUGUUUCUUUCUUUUUUCUGGGUAUUUUAUAGCAAAAGAUAGCAUACCAAAGUACUGGAUCUUUAUGCAUUACAUGAGUUUAUUCAAGUACCCAUUUGAGUGUUUGAUGAUCAAUGAGUAUGGAGGGAAAGAAGGGAAGAAUAUGUGUGUUGAAAUGGAAGGUGGAAAGUGCAGAAUGUAUGGAGAUGGGUUCUUGAAGCAGCAGCAAAUAAAUGAGACACAGAAAUGGAGUAACCUUGGGGUCAUGUUAGGGUUUAUAGUUGGAUAUAGAGUCUUGUGUUUCAUAAUUUUGUGGUUUAGAUGUCACAAAACCAGAAAUUAAUUUAUUUAUUUUUUUACAUGUUCUAUUA